UUCCUCGCUUCAGUAUGAAACGGAAAGACGGUAAGGGACCGAAGACCCGCCCGACACCGUACGACGUGCGACCUCGGUCAGGGUCAACACCGCGCGCGCGCUCGGUCGCUCCGCCGAAGCAGCUUCCCUGCUGAUCCUUCAAGGCGAGAUUUUUUUUAACUCCGAAAACCGGUCCGCGCGGUCCUGUCGAUUUCUACCCAGCAACCUCUCUCGUUCACUGGGAAGCAUGACGGCGUCCGUCGGAUACAGCAUGGAUGAUCUCUACCAGGAAGCUCAGUAUCGUUGGCUUAAACCUGCCGAAGUCCUUUAUAUUUUGCAAAACCACGAAAACUGCCAGAUUACCCAACAGCCACGUCAACGUCCAAGCAGUGGAUCCUUGUUCCUUUUCAAUAAGAGAGUUCUUCGAAACUUCCGUCGUGACGGGCAUAAUUGGCGGAAAAAGAAGGACCAGAGGACUGUUGGGGAGGCUCAUGAACGGCUCAAGGUGGGAAAUGUUGAAAAAUUAAAUUGUUAUUAUGCACAUGGAGAGGACAACCCAAAUUUUCAGAGGCGCAGCUACUGGAUGCUUGAUCCGGCAUGUGACCACAUAGUUCUCGUUCAUUAUCGAGACAUAACUGAGGGGAAACAUAGUUCUGGAUCCAAAGCACUGUUUUCUCCAGGGUCAUCGUCUGCUUUUAGUCGUAGUCUGAGUCCCAGCCCUUACUCUAUUCAGAAUCAAGGUUCUGCCUCACUUGACUCUUGUCAAACUCAGUCCAGUCCAAGUCCUGCAGAAGUUACUUCUGUCAAAGCUGUCAUCAACCAUGGGAUGGAUAACUUGGACAGGGUGGAAGGAGCAGCACUCUGCAGUUCGUCUGAUCUUAAUAUGAGUAAAGCUUUGAGGAGGAUUGAGGAACAGCUCAGUUUGAAUGACGACACAAUGAAAGAAAUUGAUCCACUAUUCGUUGAUGAUGAAUAUUUCAAUUCAGUAGGAUUUCUGGACUGCGAAAGGGAGAUUUCUCAGCAAGAUCAACAUGAAGCAUUAUUGCAUGUUUCAGACCCUGUAAAUUGUCAAUUUCUUAGUGAAAAUAAUGGCGUGCGAGAUGUUUCGAGCGACUAUAUGCCACAUAAGGAUACAGAUGAUAAUGGCCAGCAUCGUCUUCAGGCAUUUGAACAGGCAGAUCUGGUUAAAGUAGAAUCUUUUGAGUGGACAGAAAUGGAGUCAUUCUUGAGCUCGUCAGCCAAUGGAUCCCUAGAGCAGAGUGCUCAGAUACCAAAUGAAAAUGAAAAAUUACACUCUUUCACAGAGACGGGACCAGCAGAAGGACAAGAAGGCUAUCUCCUGUCAGAUGCUACUAAGAACAGGGAUCCAUCAGCCUCAUUGUUGCUUUCUGAACUUGACAAUUUCCAACUCUCUGUUUACCCUUCCACGGGAGAAACUCAUGGGGCAAAUCCAGAAUACUAUCCUGUCUUGUUUGGACAAGGCCAACCAGGAAUGUCAGUUGUGGGAAAUUCAUGUUUGACUGUAGCAAAAACUCAGAAAUUUACAAUUGAAGAAAUAUCUCCUGAAUGGGGUUACACCACUGAAGCUACAAAGAUCGUCAUUGUUGGAUCUUUUCUGUGUGAUCCGUCGGAAUCUGGAUGGAGUUGUAUGUUUGGUGAUAUUGAAGUUCCUGUAAAGAUCAUUCAACAAGGUGUCAUCCGCUGUGAAGCUCCUCCUCACUUACCUGGGAAGGUCACCCUUUGCAUUAUUUCUAGCAACCGGCAGUCCUGCUCCGAGGUCAGAGAAUUUGAGUAUAGAGUAAAAUCGAAUUUUUGCGCUCACUGUAACUUGGAACAGACAGAAGUUGCUAGGCACACAGACGAGCUGUUGCUACUCGUUAGAUUUGUGCAAAUGCUUUUAUGUGAUUCAGCGAUGCAGAAAGAAGAUGGUGUUACUUCAGGAAUUCAUGUUCUGAGAAAUUUGAAAGCUGAGGAUGAUUCUUGGAGUCACAUCAUAGAGGGGCUUCUGGUUGGCCAUGAAAAUUCAUCCGAAACAACUAAUUGGCUUCUUCAGGAGCUCUUAAAGGAUAAAUUGCAACAGUGGGUUGCAUUUAGAUCCAGGCAAGAACAUGACCAGGGAGGCUGUUCCUUGUCCAAGAAAGAGCAAGGUAUUAUUCACAUGAUUGCAGGCUUGGGUUUUGAAUGGGCUCUGAACUCAAUUCUUGGCUGUGGAGUCAAUGUAAAUUUCCGUGACAUUAAUGGAUGCACUGCUCUCCAUUGGGCUGCUCGUUUCGGAAGGGAAAAAAUGGUUGCUGCACUGGUAGCUUCAGGGGCAUCAGCUGGAGCAGUCACAGACCCCAACUGUAAAGAUCCUGCCGGUAAAACUCCUGCAAGUAUUGCUUCCUCCAGUGGACAUAAAGGACUAGCUGGCUAUCUGUCAGAGUUGGCCCUGACCAGCCAUCUUUCAUCUCUUACACUCGAGGAGAGUGAGCUUUCGAGAGGCUCUGCUGAGCUUGAAGCAGAGAGAACUAUAAAUAGCAUCACAAAUCAAAAUCUAACUUCCAAUGAGGAUCAACUUUCACUACAGGAUACCUUGGCUGCGGUUCGUAAUGCUGCUCAGGCUGCUGCACGUAUACAAUCUGCAUUCCGUGCACAUUCGUUCAGGAAGCGACAGCAAAUGGACGCUGCUGUUGCUGAUUAUGGCAUCAGUUCAGGUGACAUUCAAGGAUUCACAGGUAUGCUGAAGCUUUCCUCACGCAAUGCUCGUGACCACAAUUCAGCUGCAUUAUCCAUUCAGAAGAAAUAUCGAGGCUGGAAAGGUCGGAAAGACUUCCUAACAUUUCGCCAGAAAGUUGUCAAAAUACAGGCUCAUGUGAGAGGUUAUCAGGUAAGGAAACAUUACAAGGUACUAUGUUGGGCUGUUGGAAUUUUAGACAAGGUUGUACUGCGAUGGCGGAGGAAGGGGGUUGGUUUACGAAGUUUUCAGAAGGAGACAGAAUCUAUUGAAGAUAGUGAUGAUGAAGAUAUUCUAAAAGUUUUUCGUAAGCAAAAGGUGGAUGCAGCUGUUGAUGAGGCAGUUUCACGAGUUUUAUCCAUGGUUGAUUCUCCAAAUGCACGUCAGCAGUAUCGUCGCAUGCUUGAAAGAUACCGUCAAGCUAAGGCUGAACUCGACAGCACAUCUAGUGAGGCAGCACCAUCACCUUCUGUGGAAUUUAGCAAUAUGGACGACGAUGACUUCAUGUACCAAUUCCCAUGAAGGUUCUAAGACGUGUAACUCAUGCUGCAUUGUGUAUAUUUGUCCAGUAUAGCAUUCUGAUUGAGCUUAUGUUAGAGAGGAUACCGGUUGAUUGUACAGUCAUAUUUGGAGUGUCUCUUAGAAGACUGAAAACGUGUAAGAACUCCUUAGCGAACAUGUUUUGACUGAUAAAUUGUCAUGAAAAUGUGUUCCUUUUUGUUGGUUGGCAGUACUAAA